CAACCCGGAAGUGGCUGCUGGAAGGUACAAUGGAGCUGGCCAUAACCGCCAUCCUGCUCUCCCUCCACCUGAGAGCCCUUCAGGGAAGCCCCACAGCUCUCCUAUUCAACCUCACCCCAACAAAUGUCACAGCGAUAAAACUGGACUCAGUGUGUGGACGCCCACGUGAAAUAAGCCGCAUUGUGUCGGGCCAGGAUGCCCGGCCAGGCCAGUGGCCAUGGCAAGUCAGCCUGAGGGAGCAUGGACAUCACGUGUGUGGGGGCUCGCUGAUCACCAAGGACUGGGUGCUAACUGCUGCCCACUGCUUGAACCGGAACCUGCCGCUGUCCAACUACUUGGUGCUGCUGGGCUCCAUCUCCUCCUACCCCCAGCCUGGCGAGGCCCAGGAGCUCCACGCCGUGGCCCAGUUCAUCACCCACCCAAGCUACAAGGAGAUGCAAGGCGGGGACAUCGCCCUAGUGCAGCUGGCUUCCCCUGUCACCUUCAGUGACCUCAUCCUUCCAGUCUGCCUCCCCAAACCCGGAGACCCACUAGGUCACGGCACCAUGUGCUGGGUCACCGGCUGGGGGAACAUCGGCACAACUCUACCGCUCCCACCACCCUUUACCCUGAAGGAAGUAGCGCUGCCUCUCAUUGACACCCAGACCUGUGACACCUACUAUCACGAGAAUUCCGGCAUCCCCAGCCAGGAGCCCAUUGUCCUGGAAGACAUGCUGUGUGCUGGCUUCGAGAGUGGCCAGAAGGAUGCCUGCGGGGUGAGCAAACACUCCUGGUGGGGACCCCAAGGCAGACAAGGGCAACAUUUUUCUAAAUAUAAAGGUCAAUUCAAAAAGAAAAAGGAUGUUUCUGAACCCCUUUCAGAUACCAUGUAAAUAUUGUCAAAACAU